AUGGCAAAUAACCUCAAGCACCCAUCCCCAUCUUCAAGCGCCGGUGAGAAAGAAAUGGAGUAUCUGCAUACCAUCUUUUCUUCAGAAGAAGAUGAACCGGAAGAUCCUCCACCGAGAUCUGCUUCCACGAAGGAUGUUUGUGGUUUCAGCGAGUCUCAGAUGUCAGGGAGGAAGCGUCUCUCAACCAACGUGAGUUCCAAGCGUGCCAAGAAAAUUUAUACACAAGGUGGAAAGAUGGGAACUAAAACACCAUCUCAUAGGAGACUGUUUAGUGAGAAAGAUGAGAUUGUUUUGUUAGAAGGUAUAAUUGAUUUUAAAGGGAAGAAUCCAUUAGAAGCUAAGCGCAGUUUCUACCAAUCCAUUAAGGGUUCUCUUAGUCUUAGCUUUGAUGUUACGUUAAAACAGUUGGAGGACAAGAUUCGUUAUAUGAAAAAACUAUAUACAGCCAAAGCGAAGAGCGGUGAACAAGCUUCUGUUUUGAAUCCUCAUCAACAAAAGUGUUUUCAGUUAUCAAAGGCUAUUUGGGGAGCUGAAGGGGUAGCUUCUGAUUCUCCCAUUAUUUCCAACAGCAAAUCAAAGGAGAGUGAGAGGAGAACGACGGAGAAGAUUGACUUGGUCACUUCACCUAAGGGUAAGAAUGUUCAAGAAGUUAGGAGAAGAAGAGAUAUGGAGAAGUCACCAUCUGUUGUGACAGAAACUGAUUGUGAUGAAAGUUCUUUUUUUCUAGGGAUGGAUUUUUUAAAAGAAAAAUGGACCAAGGUGCCGACUGAGACUAAGAAGAAAACCCAAGAGAAGAUGAAGAAGUUGCUUGCCGACGAACUUGAAUGUCAAAAAUUUGAAGAGAUGUUGAAAGCUAUGAAAGAUAAAUGUGCUCAAGAAAAGGUAGAGCUGUUGAAUGAGGUUACCUCAUUGAUCAUGGCAGCAGAUUAG